UCCAACUUCUCUAAUCCCCAGUUUAUGUUUCAUUCUAGGGAGAGUUUCUGGGUCUGGUAUACAUGACUGACUCGGAUCAGCAAAGAAGGAAAGGAGAACCUCCUCAGAGCUGCAGUGCUGAGUUGUUUCCUCCAACGUGUAUCUCAGCCUUGAGGAGUGGAAGAGAUGGCAGUGGCUGAAACACAACUAUAUUCGAAGGUCUUCAACAAAGUCAGAAACAGAAGCACCUGUUCUUUACUGGAAUCCCUCUUAUCUAUGGGAUUCCCUGCACAUACAGCGCAAAAAGCUUUGGCUGCUACGGGACACAAGACAGCAGAAGAGGCUUCAAAGUGGUUGCACUCUCAUUGUAAUGAUCCUUCUUUGGAUGAUCCAAUCCCUCAGGAGUACGCGCUCUAUUUGUGCCCAACUGGACCCUUGCUUGACAAACUGCAGGAAUUUUGGAAAGAGAGCAAGAACCAAUGUGCAAGAAACAAAGCCCAUGAGAUUUUCCCACACAUAACUCUUUGUGAUUUCUUUACGUGUGAAGACCGGAAAGUGGAAUUCUUGCAUGAAGCCCUAAAGAAAGUUGGUGACAGGUUUAUAAAUUUGUUCCCACCUGUCAUUUCUCUAUCACUACAUUCGUCUGUCAGCUACCUUGGUUUCUUCAUGAAUGAUGCCCAUGCAAAUGUCAUCAAAGAGUUUGCUGUGGCUUUUGCUACUGAGGCUUCAAUCUUGGCAGAUUGCCGCGUGAAACCCUGCACAAAGCAGCUGCACCUUACCCUGGCUCAUAAGUUUUAUCCUCACCAUCAAAAGACUUUGGAACAAUUAGCCAAAUCUAUCAACCCAGGACAAAGCUGUCUGUGGACAGCUGCUCUGUAUUCUAGAGAUAUGCGCUUUGUAAAUUACCAGAUCUUGCAAGCACUCUUCCAAUACAAGCCUCAGAACAUUGAUGAACUAAUGCUAAAUACUGGAGAUUUGAUAUAUGUUGACCGAUCACAACAAUCCGAUGUUAGUGAUGGCUGGGUGAUUGGUACCUCGCACCGGACUGGCUGCAGAGGAUUUCUUCCUGAAAAUUACACAGAAAAAGCCAAUGAGUCAGAUACUUGGGUUAAACACAGAGAAUACACUUUAACUCCAGCUUCAGGACUGCUCCCCAAGAAUGAAAAUGAACCAAGACCUAAACUGAAUGGUGAAGUCCAUAACCCAAUAAUGACAAAGAGUGUAACCCAAACACUUGCUUUCCAGCUUUCUCAGACUGUGGCUCUCAGAAGAGGCCUGUUGGUGAUGCGCCAUGGGGAGAGAGUGGAUCAUGUUUUUGGGAAGUCCUGGAUUCAGCAGUGCUUAACUGCAGAUGGAAAAUACCACAGAGCAGAUCUGAACUUCCCUGCCAGUCUGCCAAAACGAAGAGACAGCAUCAAACAUUUUGAAUAUGAUCCUCCUUUAUCAUGCUGUGGUGUUUUCCAGUCUAGACUUGUAGGAGAAGCUCUGCUGGAGAAACAAGAGGCAGUUAGCCAUGUAUACUGUUCCCCUGCACUCCGCUGCGUACAGACAGCUCAACACGUGCUAGAAGGGCUUAAAUUAGAACAAAAAAUUAAAAUCAGGGUAGAACCUGGACUCUUUGAAUGGACCAAAUGGGAGGCCAACAAAAUAAUUCCCUCCUUUAUGGCACUGACAGAACUGACAGAGGCUACUUACAAUAUAGAUCCCAGUUACAGAUGUACUUUCCCACUUUCCUCCCUGGUGCCAUCGGAAAGUUAUGAAGAGUAUAUAAGCAGAUGCUCUGCAGUUAUAAAACAGAUUGUCAGUGACUGUACAAGAAACGGUAUCAUCCUGAUAGUGGGUCAUGGCUCAUCCCUGGAUUCCUUCACUCGACCUGUACUAGGGCUCCCCGCCAGAGACAGCAAGGAUUUUGCCCCAUUGGUUAGAAAGAUACCUUCACUGGGCAUGUGUUUCUGUGAAGAGCUUAAAGAGGAGAAUAGAUGGCAGAUGAUUAACCCACCAGUUAAGACGUUAACCCAUGGAUCAAAUGCAGCAUUUAACUGGAGAAAUGGCAUACUGGACAGUUAGAAUCUAUACUCAUUCAUUAUAUAUUUCAAAAAAGAAGAGAAGACAAAUAUUCUUCCUCCUGGCUCAACACAGGCCAGUGGUCUGUCCAAAAUAUUUAGAACUUGAGGGUAUUUUCCUCUACUACUUGUAUGAAUUGUCAACGCACGGAAAGCACUUUUGAAGUUUUUGUGCCUGAGUUCUGUUCUUGUUACAGCGACACAGAAGAAAAAACCUAUUAACUGACAUAAAAAUGAACGAUAAUUCAUCCAGUGCUGAAGAAUGAACUUUUAAAACUCUUUAUUUAGACUAACAUCUGUAAUGAUAUAUAUAGAUAUAUAUAUAACUGACUAUAAGUCUCGUUGCUUGAUGCACUCAUGAAAACAUAUGCUUAUGUCUUCAAGAACAAAGUACAAUCAAUAAAGAUUUAGACAUUUUGUUUCAGA